CUUUGUCCGGAGAGUGCAGGCUUAAAUCCACGAGAUGCCGUGCAGCUGUCGCCGCUCCGGCCAUCCCCCUCUCGUCCUCCGCCGCUAAUGGCGUCCCAAUCCGCGGCUCUGGAGACUCCACCACCUCCCAUUGCUGCCACAGGCGAAGGACGCUUCGUUCGUCCCCUCCUCCUCCGCCGCGAGCCAACCCCUCCCUCGAUCUGAGAUGGCGAACUCGGUCGACGUGGUGUUGGAUUUUUUGAGGAGAAAUCGGUUUACAAAGGCUGAAGCUGCUCUGCGAGGAGAACUCAGUAGCCGGCCGGAUCUGAACGGGUCCCUACAAGAAUGCCUUUCGAUAGAGAAGGAAGAAGCGAGAGAAGCUAGCAUAGCAGCUGCCAAUGCAAGGAAAGUUGGUGCUGCUAUGCAUUCGGGAGACAGUUCUAAGGAGCUCAUCAUUAAGGAGGUUGAAGUAAGGAGUAUUGGAAAUGGGUCUGGAAGCAAGAAGGGUGUUGUUCUUGAUCAGGGUAUUGACUCAUCAGAUUUGUACCCUUGGAACUAUUGCUCGAUUGAUGGUCCUGCUGAUCCGUUCUCAAAGGAUACCGACAAGAUCGCGAACAACUUCUCUGAUCUCCUGAUAUCUGGUCGGAGAAAGUACUGGUCAGGUCCAAUGGUGUCAGACAAGAGGGAUGUUGCUGUUGGAACGGAGCCGGAAUUUUUUAUGGAACAUAGGAGUUCUUGCAUCAGGGGCACGGGUAAAUCAAAGGUUGAAGUAGAGCCUGUCAUCCAUCAGAUGAGUGAAUAUGGAGCCAGUGGUUCUUACUCCAAGGAUAAUUUGCUGGAUAACUCAUGGCUGAAAUGUGAGGUGACGUCGAAGGACUGUUCUGUGAAAACAAUGUUUCCUUUUUCUGGUCGGGAUGCGCCAACAAGCUUUGAUGGUAGUCUAGGUUGUAGUGAUGAUGGAAAAGAGAGGAGGAAGAAAGCAGAAAGCAAUGAUAUCCAUGAAGUAGCAAAUGAACAGCUAGAUAAUGUGAGUAGGACUUUCCAGUCUGGGAAGUCUCAAGAAAGAUCAGAGCAAAAGUUUAUCAGUAGCUUUAACUUAUCACUUGAUGUGCGGAAUCAAAAGGAAGAGCUGCCCCGGCUGCCUCCUGUUAAGCUCAAGUCUGAGGAUAAGCCAGUACCUAUUAAUUGGGAGGAAAAGUCUGAUCAUCAUGGAUUGGGCAUAAAGCCUCUUGGUGCAGAUAACACCUUCUCGAUGGGCUCUUUUCUUGAUGUGCCUGUUGGCCAAGAGAUUAACCUUUCAGGUGAAAAGCAACCUGUCAGUACUAGUUGGCUUUCCAUAAGCCAAGGAAUUACUGAAGAUACUUCUGAUUUAGUAUCUGGUUUUGCUACUGUUGGUGAUGAAUCAGUUGACUAUCCAAAUGAAUAUUGGGAUUCUGAUGAAUAUGAUGAUGAUGAUGAUGUUGGCUACACAAGACAACCAAUAGAAGAUGAAACUUGGUUUCUAUCUCAUGAAAUUGACUAUCCAUGUGACGAUGAAAAAGGAACAGGACAUGGUAGUGCUCCUGAUCAGCUGGAUCGACUUCCAAUGAAGGAUGAAGAUGAUGAGCAAUCUUUUGCCGAAGAAGACUCCUACUUCUCAGGGGGGCAGUAUCUCCAUACAAAAAAUGUAGAACAAGUUGCUGCUUUGGAGGAUCCCAUGGCAUACGUGACAUCUGACAUGUAUGGUAGAACAGCUGAAAAUGAUUUAAUAGCUCAGUAUGAUGGGCAAUUGAUGGAUGUCGAAGAACUUAACUUAAUGCGUGCAGAACCAGUUUGGCAGGGCUUUGUUACCAAAAGUGAUGAACUGAUUAUGUUAGAAAAUGGGAAAGUUCUGAAUGAGUACGAGCAGCCUAAGCCUAAUGAUCUCUGCAUAGAUGAUGAUCAGCUUGGUUCCGUCAGAUCCAUUGGUGUGGGCAUUAAUAGUGAUGCUGCUGAUAUCGGCAGUGAAGUCCGUGACAGUUUGGUUGGAGGAAGUAGCGAAGGAGACAUAGAAUACUUUCAUGAUCAUGACGUUGGUAUGGGUGGUAUCAGACAGUCUCAGCCUGGCACAAAUAAGAGUUAUUUAUUUCAGAAAAAGAUGGACAAAAUGAAGAAAACUAAACAAAAGUCGGAUAUAUAUGUCAUGGCUCUUGAAAAGGGCUUUUUCCCGAUGGGCAUGGAUUAUAGAGAUGGUGGAUUUUCUUUUCGACCGCCUUCAGGAACUAGAGAUAUGUUGUGCCCUGAUUCUGCUAAUACUCUAUGGUCAACCAAGGGUAAUGCUGUUGAUGGUGAUGAUGAUGAACCUGCCAUUGGCACGAGUACUGAUGAUAUGCUUGCCACAUGGAGACAGAAAAGCAGUGAUUGUUCACCAACAAAGAGCUCCAAGAAUGAAAAAAUUGCUGAUGCUAUAAGAUCAAGAAACUCAAUUGUGUCAUCAGUAUCAAGCUAUGCUAAUGCUGAGAGGGAGGAUGGUAAGAAAGGUCAUUAUGAGAAAGCAAUUGAUGCAAUAGAAGAAGAACAAGAGACUGGAACAACACUGGAGGAUGAAGAAGCAGCUGCAGUACAGGAGCAAGUAAGACAGAUCAAAUCUCAGGAAGAGGAAUUUGAAACCUUUGACCUCAAAAUUGUGCAUAGAAAAAACAGAACCGGUUUUGAGGAGGAUAAAAGUUUCCAUGUUGUGCUGAAUUCAGUGAUUGCGGGGCGUUAUCAUGUUACCGAAUACCUGGGAUCUGCUGCAUUCAGCAAAGCUAUUCAAGCGCAUGACUUGCACACUGGCAUGGAUGUAUGUGUGAAAAUUAUAAAGAACAACAAAGAUUUUUUUGAUCAAAGCCUUGAUGAAAUUAAACUUCUAAAAUUUGUCAACAAGAAUGAUCCUGCUGACAAGUACCAUAUUUUGCGCCUUUAUGAUUACUUCUAUUAUCGGGAGCACUUGUUGAUAGUUUGUGAACUUCUCAAGGCCAAUUUAUAUGAGUUCCACAAGUUCAAUAGAGAGGCUGGAGGGGAGGUUUAUUUCACAAUGCCAAGGCUGCAGUCAAUUACCAUUCAGUGUUUGGAGGCACUUCAAUUUCUACAUGGCCUUGGUCUUAUCCAUUGUGAUUUGAAGCCUGAGAAUAUUUUGAUAAAAAGCUAUAGUAGGUGUGAAGUGAAGGUCAUUGACCUUGGUAGUAGUUGCUUCCGAACUGAUCACCUAUGUUCUUAUGUACAGUCCCGAUCUUAUCGUGCACCUGAAGUCAUCUUAGGCCUUCCAUAUGAUGAAAAGAUUGACAUAUGGUCGCUUGGAUGCAUCUUGGCUGAACUUUGUACUGGAAAUGUUCUCUUUACAAAUGAUUCUCCUGCAACUUUACUCGCCCGUGUUAUUGGUAUCAUAGGCUCCAUUGAUCAAGUUAUGCUUGCUAAGGGACGGGAUACAUACAAAUAUUUCACAAAAAGCUAUAUGUUGUAUGAAAGAAAUCAGGAAACCAAUAGGCUGGAGUACUUGUUUCCAAAGAGGACAUCAAUACGGCACCGGCUGCCCAUGGGUGACCAAGGCUUUAUCGAUUUUGUUGCUUAUCUUCUUGAGAUAAAUCCUGAGAAGCGGCCAACAGCAUCAGAAGCACUGAAACAUCCUUGGCUAUCUUAUCCAUACGAGCCCAUAUCAUCCUGAGGCAAAUCCCUGGACGUGUAACCAUAUCAUCAUGAGGCAAAUCCCUGGAUGUAUAGCCUAUGUGAGCUACCUUCCAAGCAGUACUCCUGCAGGAAAUGCUCUCACUUGCAUCACUAAUUCAUGCCUGCAUCACGGUAUGUCGUAACUGCAGACCUGUAGAUUUCUACGAUGGCUAAAACAAUCCACUGUUAUCAGAUGGUUGGGGCGUCUUUGCUGCUUAAACAUUUCGCCUCUUAAAAAAUGGUGCUUCAAUUUGUGAUUGCCCUCCAGUGCGGCGUGCUAUUGUACUCUUCAUUUUUCUGUUCUAAGGUGUAGUGCAUGUAGAAAUGCAGUGAUUAAUUCCUUUAUGAAUAGGGGAAGUUUCCUGUUGUAUAUGAUGUGAUUAUGGUCAAGGCUUUAUGCUAUAUUUUACUGGUUAUUUCCUGGAAACAGUGCUUCAGUUCUGUUCAGAAAUUUUUUAGAUAUUUAUUAGACA